UUCCGGAUAAGGUCAACCCGAACCAUUUGUUCCGCAUUUGUUGCUUUUCCCGCAUCAGCUGAAGCUCAGCUGGUUAAUAGACGUUGAGGAAUAAAGUUGUGUGUUCUCUGAAUGUGUGAAAAAUGAGUGUUUCCAAAUUGUCUGCUUGUAAAAAUAUCCUCCUCAAUUCUGGGCAUCAAAUUCCCCUAAUUGGCUUAGGAACUUACUUAAUUACUGAACCGGAAACGGUGCAUAGUGCCUUGGAUUAUGCUCUAGGUGCUGGAUAUCGGCACAUAGAUACAGCUACAUGCUACAAGAAUGAGCUACAAAUUGGGAAUGCCCUAAAAGAGCUACUUCCCAAGCAUAACCUGUCGCGGGAGGAUAUUUUCAUUACGUCUAAAUUUAUUCCGGAUCCCAUUUACGAGGACUACGUGUUGGAUAUUGUGGAGACGUCAGUGCGGAAGCUCCAGGUGGAUUUUAUUGAUCUCUACCUGGUUCAUUGGCCAGCAGCUAAGGGAAUUUCUAUGCAUAGUCCGGAAAACGCCAAAUUCCGCGACGUUGCAUGGAAAGGUCUCGUUGGGGCGCAAAAAAAGGGACUCCUCCGGUCAAUUGGUGUUUCAAACUACCUCCCGCGGCACUUGGAUGAGCUACUGGCCAAUUCUUACGGCAUCCCACCGGCUGUCAAUCAAGUGGAGUGGCAUCCACAUCAUCAUUCUCCGGAAUUGUUGGAAUACUGCGAGAAGAAGAAUAUCUUCCUGCAGGCAUAUUCCUCCUUUGGCGGUGGCACAGGCUUCCUGACGCAAGAUCCUGUUGUGAAGGACGUGGCGAAAAGGCUGGGAAAGAAGGAAUCUCAGGUCCUCCUUCGCUGGGCAACUCAGAAGAAUAUCGGAGUCAUCCCCAAGGCACGCUCUAAGCAGCACAUUGAAGACAACUUUGCCCUGGACUUUGAUAUUCCGGAAGAGGACAUAAAAACAUUGAGCAACAUGGAGCACCGAGAGAAGUAUUCUUGGAAUCCAGAUCCAAUCAAUUAAGGCAUUUGCAUCACAUUUCCAGCACUUUUAAAAGCUUCCAAAGGCAAAUAAAACGGAGAAAUUAUCGGAGUCGUUUAGGCAUGAUGAUUGCGAAUGAUGUGGUAAGGAUGUGUGCAGAAUUCUUUGAAAAACAACUUCCAAAGGCGGGGAAACCACUCAAUGGGCGGGAAUGGACAGUACUGUGUGCAAUUGUAAAGGAAGAAGGAGGAGAGCUAGAGGUGGUGGCCAUGGGGACGGGUACAAAGUGCAUUGGGGCUGAUCUUAUGUGUGAAUCAGGGGAUAUUGUCAAUGACAGUCAUGCGGAAAUUGUGACGAGAAGGGCUUUCUUGCGCUAUCUCAUGGAACAAAUGACCUUUGCACGACAGCUGAAGGCUAGCAGCAUCUUUGAAUUUACUCCUCAUGGCGAGAAGAAAUUUAUCUUGAGGACUGGCUGUAAAUUUCAUUUCUUCACCACACAUUCACCCUGUGGGGAUGCGAGUAUUUUUCCGGGAAUACCCACAGACGAUGAGGAUUCUCAGCCACCGGCAAAAAGGCCAAAGGCACAGCUAGAAUGUCAAGACGGAGGUUUCACGGGUGGAAAAUUAAUUGGACAAGCAGUGGGGGGAGAUCUCAUGGAACAGACAGUGGGAUGCGUGAGGAGGAAGCCAGGCCGUGGGGUGGCAACACUCUCAGCCUCGUGCAGCGAUAAGAUGGCCAGAUGGUGUGUCCUGGGGGUGCAGGGGGGACUUUUGAUGAAUGUCCUUGCAGCUCCAGUUUAUCUUGACACACUUAUUUAUCCUCGGGACGCGAUUUGUGACAAAAAAGCCACAGAACGUGCGCUCUGGAGGCGUUUCACAAAUCAUCCAGACAUCCCAUCGGACACCUACAACCUCCAUUGUCCGGAAAUUCUCAUAGCAACCCAGGAAGUUGUGUUUCCUUUUGAGAGGCACCCACACCCUACAGCCCAAAAUGAUGAGUGGCAACCAUCCCCGGGAAGCAUUGUGUAUUGUCGUGUUGGGGAACGUUCACAUGAGGUGGCGAUUGCCGGAAAACGCCAAGGUGUCACGAAGAAGAAGGCAAAAACACCCGCCGCGAGGCUAUUAAUUGCCAAGAAAGCCCUCUUCAUUCACUACAUGACCAUCUUUCCCCAGCCAAAUUCACCGCAGCGCCGAGAUUUAUCGUAUCAGGAAGCUAAAAACAAGGACUAUAGAAUACUGGGGCAGUGGCUAAAGCAGCACUAUUUCAGCGUGUGGCCCACAAAGAGUGAGAAAUACCUGAAAUUCACGUGCACAAAUUAAUUUAGCACGUGGUUUCUGGGCAAUCUCAACUUGUGGCUCCCAGAAUGGAGCACAAGGUGUGAAUUAAUGUGGCCGGAAAAAUAGAUAAAUUCGCCUCAAAGUGCUUAUGCGGCACACCGGAAAUUCCUCUCUGGAACUUUUUGUAAAAGUGAUGAAAUUAAAUGUUUAAAAUGUUAAUAUGCUACACAAUUUACAAUUUUAAGCUGUUUUGUGAAUAAAAUGAAGUUUUACAGCAAAAA